CCAGCAUCGAAUACAAAUAAUGCGGUAUCCUACAACAACGUCAAAGCAAUGGAUUCGGCUCGAAAUAUCUCGGAAAUAAAAUCAUCUUUCAUCCGCGGCCAAGUUCGCAUCCUCUCCGAGAGUCUCGAGCCUCCCGAGGACUGGAAGAACUAUGCAGUGGAGACGGAAGAAGGCGAUCUGCCUGAGAAGGUGAUUGGGGAUGUAUUGCACAAAGUCAACAUGGAAGCCAAACAACACAAUCGCGUGGUCUACUCGUCGCAGGCAAUUCAUCAUGUAGCUCAUCAGAUUGCCAGUCUCUAUUGGUACUCGGUCAACCAAGAAACCCAAAACAAAGCAUCUUUUGCCAAUGGAGUGGAGAAGACAGAGGACUUGUCCCGGCAUAUGAAUAUCACAAAACUACCAUUGGAUAUCGAAUCACAGAGUGCGAGUGAUGAUACAAAUAACAGAUACCAACAGCUCCGAGAACGACUCGUCACGCUGGAUGAGCAGCGUCAGCAUCGUCAACAAAGACUCGACCAAUUACGGCACUUACAGCGCCUGCUCGGACCUUUCAAAGAUCCUCAGAAGGACAUUCAGCCGAAUCUUGUCACUCGGGAUGGAGAGCUUGUCCAGGAAUUGGAAAAGAUGCGAAUGCUGGCUGCACGGGUUGGAGGACGAAUCUCUCAACAGAAACAAGGCCGUCUCAAUACCCAGGAGAGCCAGGAAUAUUUACUACCAGGGUCGGGCCCAAGACUAGGAGCCUUACUAGAUACGGAGUCAUGACUUUUAACGACCUCACAAAUAUACAUGGAGCAUCCACAGCAAAUUUGAAACCCGCCCUGGUCCAUACGACUUGGG